CGCAUGGCGAAAUCAACGUGGGUGGCAGUGGGCAGUGCAUGUGACGUGAGAAGCACGAGAACGAAACUUAAAUUUCGUAUUUCCCGUUUGCCGUGUUGGAUAUUUCGUGUAAGGAACAUGGUCGUUGUGUGGAAAAUAUGAAUUAUGAAGUGCACUCGCUGACACGUCGACAGAAAGCAAACGCGAGCACAUGGAAUAUAUGUGAAGCCAAGAAGCUGAAGAGGCCAAAGUGCGAUCCACGUGAUAGUGAGGCAACAUCAAGGCAACAUCGCCAGAUACUACUGCUGCUGUCGUAGGGCGUGACGUAGCCGGCGAGAUCAACGAGCGAGAUUGAUUCUCAGCUGGUUGGCUCUCUGGCCAUUGGCCAACAUAUCAGUGGUUCGCCACGCGACCAAGCUGCAGGCACGAACCCCGCUGCAGCGACCAUGAGCAACGACUGCUCAACUGUUUUGCCUGCCUCUGUGCAGCAAGUUAUUCUGAACACGGGCAACAUCCUGGGCUGCAAGGACCUCACAAAAAAAGUGUUUCAGUCACUCGGAGAGGAGCUGAUACAAAGCCUGUUACUGGCACUUGUCAAGUGGAAAUCGUCGGGCAACGAUGUGAAUUGUUCUGAUGGAAAGGUGCUGAAGUAUGCCAACAAAGACCUGCCAUGUCGAGUAGCCAUAAAAGAACGGUCAACCUUCAAAAUCACAGUGAAGGUCUUCCUAAGUGGCUUCAACGCUGUAGCCUUGGAAUCUGCUACACAUAAAGUGAUGGAGGAGCUUGGUGUGUCUGAGCUGGACUCUCUGAUUGUGGCCUUCCCACCAAGUGCAAAGUCUAGCACAGAACAAGUGCGCCCCCUGUGGGCUGCCACUGAGCAGCUCUACCGCCAGGGCCUGGCACUCUCAGUCGGUGUUUGCGACCUGGACACAGCGCAGCUGCGGGAUCUUCACUCAUGGGCUCAGGUGAAGCCGAGCGUGAACCAGGUGAACCUCGACUCAUGCUGCGUCAUCCCCCAGGAGAUGCAGGAAUUUGCCAAGGCAAACAACAUUCAGCUUCUGACACACAGUGACCCAAAGGUACUGCUUGACCAUGAUGGCAUGGCCCGCCUACUCAAGGGCUAUGUAGCAGAGGAGGACAUCCACCGCUGGUCGGCACCCUGGGUGGCCCGCUAUUCAGUGCUUGUCAAGUGCCGAGGCUUCCUGCAGAGCAAGGGCUACGUUGCCAGCCUUGUCAAAGAGCCGUAGUGAUCAGAAAGGACCGUGCUUUGUCUAACCACAGGCACGAGACUGGACUGCAGCAUUGGGAGAUUAGGUGCUGUACAAGUGAUUCUCCUCGGAUCAAAAGGCCACCAGGCAGUGAAACCCUACCCUGAGCAUUCAAGAAGGGUUGAAAGAUAAAAAAGGGACAAAAAACGGGGUGCAGGGGUUUGAAGGUGUCUGCAUGCUUUUUUUUUAGCUAAAUAUUGUAUUGUGCUGCUGCAGAACUUUUCUUUUUUCUUUUACUUUUACACUCCUUCACUGCAUAGGUUAGUGUGAUAGUCGCCAUACAAGCAUCUCAAGGUUGGUCAUGUUUAGUGUGUUCAUGUGCUUGGUUAAUUAUAUUGUAUGACAUGCUUCCCAUUGAAGCAUAGCCACUCUGGAACAGCAACAAGAAAAGUGGUGACAGGGCUGCAUGAAAAGCUUGAAUGUUGGACUGGUGCAGCCCUAAAUGUAAAAAAUUCUAAGGAAGUCUAGAUGUUGUAUGGAUCCCUAUUGCAGCAUCUUGUAUGCAAAUGUGCUGACACUACUGGCUUUAGUAAAAAAAAGUAUUUGUGGCAUGAUGAUUUACUGCUUAUAGUUGCUCUGUGGACCAUUGAGUUUAGUGCUGGCUCUACAGUGGAUGUCUAAAGCAAAGGUAUAACAAACUUAAUGGAAAUAGUGUGUAAAUGUGUUGAUUUAUUUAUCAUCUGUCCGAUCCAGAACAAAAUUCAGCAGAGAAUUUAUUGCUAUACAGUCGAACCCACUUAUAACAAUUAUCAAGUGCCAUGAAAAUUUCAUUGUUAUAACCGAUAAUUGCUAUAGCCGGGUUGCAUGAAAAAAUCAAAAUAGGGGGAUGGCAGAGAUGAUGUAAAAAAACUAUAAUGGCAGGCAGGCCAGUGUCCCUCCCCACCACAUUCCUCCAUCCAGCUGUGGAUUGUGUUCACUCGUUUAAUUGGUUCCUGGGUGCUCCGAUCGUGUGGAACAAGCCGUGGCUGUCAGAAUUAAAGAAUGGCACUGCUAUAACAACUGCAAAGAGGGGUCAUGGGUGGCAAGCGAUAUGUGAGCACCACCGAGGCAUCGCUUUGGUGGCCCCAAAAGGGGCCUUUUAAAAAUUUCGAGAAGACUGCUGUGGCAGCCUGUCAGCUUGAGAAAUCCAGGAGAAACGCUGAGGCGAGAUCGCCACAAGCAUCUCGCCACAAACUUCUCACUGGCUUGCACGAGAAAACCCUAUCGCCGUCAGCCUUGCAUGCUUUACGCGAAGCUUGCCAACAUCCUUCUCCAAGACAUCCAGGUGCUCCACAUAGUGCAGCGGAAGGUUCCUUGCGAAAACGAAGCCUCGAAGGGACUGAAUCCUCUGCUGGGCCUUCUGUGAGGACAACGUUGAGGCAGUCUGCCCUACUGCGUCAUCACUGCUGUCAUCGCCGUUGCUAUCCGAUGCAAGCAUGUUCGCGACGAUAGCCUGAUCGGUUAGAAGCACGUAGUUUCCAAAUCUAUAGCCGUGCGCUUCCUUUUCACCAGCAUUGCCAAUGAUCAGUGGGCGCAUCAGCCAUCUUUCACUUCGGCGGCAAGUUAAACCAACUGUUGGUCAAACGAGGCAGAGAAACCACGUGGCCAGGAACGAUUUCGCCGCAGCCAACAAAGACAAACACGAGCGAUUAAGCUGUUUGCAGAACUGCGCUGAAUGAGGAGCCAGCGAGCAAUCUGCAAGCAGUGCAGUUGGCGUGGUCCAUUCGUGUUUCGGAGGGUGGGGAGCUUGGGCACAGCCCAUUCGUGUUUGGGUGGGUUGAAGGGUGACAGGAAAGAGGCACGCGGAGAUGGCUGGAGAAUGAGUACGCGGAGGCUGCUGAAGCAGUGGUGCAUCGUGCUGUGGCUCGUAUUUCUUGUUUUCUCUCUUCUUUUUUUUUUUCAAGGAUUUUGCAUUUCACGACCUUUCGGCACGGACACCCAGCAGCCAGACUUCAUCGUUAUAACUGAUAAUGCAGCAUUGGGGCAUUGUUGUAAGCAGGUUAUUUCACCAUGGAAAACACACAGAUGUUGACGGUGCGGUAGCUUGUCAUUGUUAUAACCGAUGUAUUGUUAAAACCGGUAUCGUUAUAAGCGGACUUGACUGUAUAAUGUAAAUGUGCCUUGCAUUGAGAAACAUGAAGCACAGCCGUCAGCUGUGUUUAAUAUAAGGAUCACAGCAUGUCGACCCAAUCAAAAUGCUAUCAUUGUGUCACUAACUUGAUUUGUUGUCUUCAUCACGUAUGCACUGUGCAUCAUAUGUGGCAGCUGAAAUUUGCGCAAAAACUGCUGGCACUAACAUGUUGUUCAUAUGUUGUUUCUUUUAGUAGGAUUAGGUAAAGCAGGCAAGAAUAGUCUAAAAUUUUUUCGAUAUAGAGGGAACUAUGAAAAUGUCCUAUUAACAGAGCAGACGGAAUAGAUAGUUGACUUCUGUUAAUUCAAAUUUGAUGGGACUGAUCGAAUUGAUCGAAUUAUCCAUCAGGCCAAAGGAAAAAGAAAAGGCACAAGGACGCCGCUGCUGCUCUUAUUUCACAGUGCUUACCUGAAUGUAAUGUUCCCCCUCUUACACUUUCAAAGUAUAUAGGAAAUGAUGUACACCCAAAAAUAAUGUGCACCCAGUUUUAUAACAUGAAAACAUUAGCGCACAUCUAAUUUGUGCAAUCAGAAAAAAAAUGAAACUUUCAUAGAUUAAAAAUUUCAUACAUAUAAUGUCCAUCUUUGUCAUCCUCCGACAGCCCUUUAAUUGUUAUGGACCAUAAUGUGUACUCCAUGCAGUCCCCUGCGUUUCAUGUCCUGCAUUUCUGGAAUGACUCCACAGCCAUUGCGAAUGGGAUGGUGGCCCAUGCGUAGCCUAACCACUUUGCCAGUUCAUCCAGCGAUGCACACACGACUGCAACAUGCUGAGAACAUGGGACACGACUCUGUUGCUUCUACCUUAGCAUCUAAAAUGACUUUUUCUGUAAAUGCUCUUUCGUAAUUGAAGCGACAUCACCUGCUUACACGAAAACUUGUUCUGUCACCACCUUGUGAUGACAACAGUGAUGACGCUGGCUCUGAUGUUAGGCUAUUGACAAGAUAUUGAUGUUAGGCAUUGAUAUUGGGUAGCCAUGAUGAUAAUUAAUUGUGAACUGCCUUUUCACUUGAAACUUUGCCUAGGCAAGGCCAAAAAUCAUCAUUUUUGGCAGGAGAUAGCAUGGCUCUGAUUCUUAUACAGUCACUGACCGCUAGCGCCACCAUGACGAGUGCUGCAGCCAUUAGGGCCAUGAUUAGGAGUUGCCAUAGAGGUCAGGCGCACAUGUGCUGACAAGUGAAGCUUGAAUUAUUCAGUGAGGGACACUUUCAGGAUUUGAGUCUUGGCCCAUAGAAAUGCAUGGGUGCUAGCCAAAGCCUUCGGUUCAGAUGAAAUUGACCAGUCAGAUUAACGGGAGUCAGCUGUAUUGGGUUUUAAAAAAGACUAACUUUGCUGCACCUUAGAAUGCCACCAGUGCUGAAACCUCAUUAAUGUACUGUUGCUAUGUCUCACACUUCAAUGCAAUACCACCUAGUUGAAAUUUCAGAUACAUAGUUGAUUGUGUUGCAUUUGCCUGACCACCAAAUUUGCCUGUCCACCUCAUCCCGCAUGUCAUCACAAUGCUGCAGUGUGCAGGUGUCAGACAUGUCCUGCCUAAGUAGCAACUAGCUGGCCGUCUAGGCUGCAUUGAAGACAUUCAGUUUGUCACUAGUGAUGUUUACGCAGUUUUUAUCCACCCUAUCGUGAAAGCGCAUAGUUGAAGUUGUUAUAAAUUAGGGACUGAACGGUGUUCUUGGUUUUGGUUGGUUGCCUAAACAACUGACCUGCUGCUACCAAUCGAGCCCAUGGGUGUUGCUCGGUGAACUUUAUUUUUGCUGAUUAAUGCUCCACUGCAGUAUUGUAAGUACGGCACAGCAACAGCUAUUGAGCUUGCCCUCAUGAGGCCUCCUAGCUUGCCAUGCUUGAACGCUACAUCUUGAAACACAAAGUGAUGAAAUAUGACUUGGUUAUACGACACUUCCUGCCAUAUACUUGUCAUAGAAUAGUUAAAGAUUGAAAAAGCUAGCCAAAAGCACUUCAUUAGUACUAGUCUUAGCUACCAGGCACCACUGGAAAUUUCCUUUUCAGCCAAAACGAAGGUAUGGGGCUGCAGACUAGCAGCAACUGCAUUCACAACUGCACUAUACGGUAUUGCACAAUCAAUGUACUUGCAUAAUAAACGCACCCCCAAUUUCACUCUUCAAUAUUGUAGUUUUUCCCCCCUUGUGAUAAUCGCAGCCUCAAUUUCAGUCCCGUGCUGUACGGCUGUGCUGUAGUUUCCCCAUUUCACUCGCUCCAGCUGAUGAUGAUAGCGCGUGCCACAUGCCACCGCAUGGUGAAAAAAUGUAUUCUCUCUGCUGCAGCACGACUGCAACAGCUAAUCAAAACAAUGUGUAGACAGUUGCACAGCUAGAAGCAAGUGAAUUGGUAAGCAAUAUGUUAGCCCUAUUUUUGAAACAAAGCUUUCUUUGCCUGCCUCUGCACGACUUGGUAUGUCAUCAUCAUCACCGGCUGUCUUGCCGAGUAGAAGCCGUCACUGGACCGUACAAUCAUUUUCGCGAGGCCUUGUGUGAGUAAGCACCGAAUGCAUUGGCGCAUACAGCUCGCAACAUUUCUGGCACUGCCCCAUGCUAUCUUCACGCAGUGCCAGGAAUGCUUUCGGCCAUCUAGUUAGAUGCAUCUAGUGCAGACUCAUGCGAAAUCUCGCGGUGAUAGCAUCACCUAAAGCAAUCUCUUGAGAAUAUUGUCCCUGAAUGAAACUCGCCUUUUAUGCCACUGUGACUUAUGACUGUUACUGUAUGCGUUCAUGGCCCAAAUACACAGCACGUUUCUUAUUGCGA